CCAAAGGAGCGAUAUGCGUGUGGAGAACGAACACCCAUGAAUUAGCAAACAGGAAUACAGGGGCCAUUUAACAAGCGAAAGAAUCACCAUCGUCGUCAGCAAUUGCCAGGUAGUGUUUCCUGCGGCACUCUGCGGCGCGGUCUUGGCGCUGCCCUUUGCGCGUUCCAUUCAUCGCUGCACUUACUUCCACCAAGACAAGUCAACUUUGGACAGUCGCCAACAGCACGCCCGACCCCUAGGCACCAUUUGCGCGUCACCGGAAGCCGUCUUGGACCCCGUCACGCGCCUCUUUAAAUUUCAGCAUCGCGCCUGCCGGUAUCGCGGACAGGGAAUGCUGUGAAGGAAACCGCCUAAGCACGACUCCGGCCGCCCUGAGCGCGUUCCAUCCCACGCCAUCACUCGCGCAUCGCCAACAGCACCCCAAAGUCACCAUGGCCGCCGCCAACGGCACCCUCACCCCGCCGUCGCUCCCCCAGGCGCCCAACUCGCCCGCUGCCGCCAAACGGAAACUCGCAGAGCGUCCUGCCAUUGCCGUCAAUGGCGCAUCCACGCCUGCACCGGGAGAGAGCGCCAAUGCCAGCGCACGCUCUCUGCAGGCAGUAUUAGGAGACAUACUGGCAGUUCUCAAGAGCUACGACACCAAACCCUCCAUCUUGUCGCAUCCCAUCACCUCGUCGAUUACGCGAUCAGCCUCUGGAGAAGCCGACUCGAAGCGCACCAAGCUGACCCCACCCAACGGCCCUGCCACCAUCAGCAACCUGAUACAAGACGGCUCCUACGACUCUCUGCACGCACUAGAGAAGGAUGUCGAGAGCGCUACCACCGAGAUUCUGGCAUCCAGCGGCCCAAGCGAUUCGUCGACAGCCCAUACAUCGCCUCAAGACACAGCGCUGCAAGGCAAAGUGCUUGCCUUCCAGACUGUCUUGAAAAACCUCGUGACUAGAGAAGAGACGCGCAAAGCAUCUGGCUCAGCAAAGCAAGUCAACGGCGAUGCCGACGCUUCAGCCUCAGGAGAGGAGAGCGCUCCGGUGCCGAUAAAGGAGGAAGAUCAAGACGCAGAGAUACCACAGAGCCGGACUGUUCUCACGCUCUAUGGAAGUGCACCGCCGAAACAGCUAUUCUCCAGUCUGCAGCAACCCCAGAAAAUAUCCCCCGCCCAUGGAAUAUCCACGCUCGACACCGCCGUCAAGGUGACUCUACCCUUGCGCGAGACGAACCUCCCCAACCUUAUUUCGACGACAGAGGUAUACCCCAUCUCAGAAUCAGAUAGCAAAAAGAAGGUCGCGACUAUUGGAGAGGUCUUCCGUGCGCCUGCCCACUUGCCACAAAUCAGUCCGCCCAAGUCUGCCCGACCAACAACAAGCAAAGGCAACAGCACCAUCACCUUUGCGCACCAGGAAGCUCCCAAACCUCGUCGCAAGGGCUCCCAGUCGCACGCGCAUCAGAACCUGUCUUCAGGCUUUUGGCUUGGAUAUGCCGGGGUAGAUAUGCCCAGAGACCAGACCUCACCAACAGCGAAGCAAAAGAGUAGACAACGGGCGUUGAGCAUGGGCGAGGCGCAGCAACCACCGUCCGAAGCGAUCCUUGUUGCAGUCCAACAAGCCAAGGAAGAUGCCUUGUUUCGCAGUGCUUACUCCAGCUUUGCGCCAACUCGGGAUGACAGCUCCGCAAUUAUUCCAGAGGAGACUAAGAACAUGGUAUGGUGGCAGAAGGUGGGUGAGAAGCGCUUCAACGAAAUGUUCCCAAUCGAUCCGGCUCUACUCGACCCUGAGCAGGCCAAGCAAACACUUACCAACGGGACCACCGAUGAGGAUGAACUAUUUAAAGAGGCCGUCGAGAACUUCACCCCGGUUCAAGGAGACGUGUUACCUGGAAUGGCAGAACAGACCGAGGAAGAGAAAGAUACCGAUGAGGUGCUCAAGGAGAUAUCGGAGCUUCUCGAGACACUGGCCUCGUACCAAAGGAUACGAAAUCUCUCCCUCACAACCAACCCACGUACUCCUGUUGUACAAAAUGCUUCACUCGCGACCCUGGCUGGCAGCCCAUCUACACCCUCGUCGGAAGAGUUUGACGUCUAUCAGAUACUAAAGUCACAGCUCACCUUGUUGAUCUCGCAGCUUCCGCCGUAUGCAGUCGCCAAACUCAAUGGGGACCAAAUGGACGAACUGAACAUUAGUCGAACGAUCCUCUUCGACACUAAAGAGUACAAGGGCGUCUUGGAGGAGGAUCAGCUAUCGAAACUUGCAAAGACACCAGGAAUGGCUGCUGCAACGCCGGCUACUCUGGCGCGAACGAGCUCUGGGACCAACGCGCAUUAUCCCGCAGCUGGGCACCAGUACAGCCGUCCAGCGCCGUCGGUGCCUCAGUCAGGCGCUCGUCCAGUGUACUCGCAACCACAGUCCCUCCACCGAUCAUCGUCGAUGCACCUACAACGCUCGCCUUCAGGUGCGGCGCAGACAUUCCAACCGGGUGGCGCGUCUUAUGCUCCCAACUCUCGGCCGGGGUACUCUGCAACCCCCUCGUACAACCAACAAACGCCGCGACCAAGCUAUGGAACCACUCCAUCUGGCCAAUACUUCCCGCAACGCUCCGCACAGCCAAGCAGCUACACGGGAGCUACUGGCUCACAGUACUAUAAUUCUACACCCGCACAGGGUCAGAACCGUUAUGCAUCACAGCAGAACCAAAGCAGCUUCUACCCUCGCUCACAAAAUGCGGCACCUAUGUACAAUGGCGCGCAACCACCGCCGCCACGGAAUGUGUCACCCAUGAAGGGCGCGCCCACGCCAUCGGCUUAUGGUACACGGCCAGCAUAUGGCACACCCGCGUCUGGAGGGCAGAUGCGCAGCACAUACUACGGUCCUUCCCAAUACGCGACUCCCCAGGCGCCUGCUGCCGCUGCUCCCUACAAUGGCGCAGGCGGCAACCCUCAGCAGAUGAUGCUUGAGAGACAACAAGCGCAGCAGGCACAAGCCCGGCUUGCGGCACAAAAUAGUUUUAGUAGCAGUAGGCAGGGGUCAGGGACGCCGCAACCUCCCAACGGCUCCAUAUAUGGCGCUAAUGGUGCCUCUAUGUCGACGUAGGGUGUUGUGAUGAGUGAGUAUGGAUUUGCAUGGUGUUCUGGAUACCAUAGAUCAGCUUCUGGCGUUUCGGGCAGUAGCAAUGAGAGGGAGGACUAUCAUUUCUGGACAUGUUCUUGUUUAGCAGCGGCAUUGUUGCCUUUGUAGACAACGCAUGUCACGUAGUUAAUUGGGCCAGCGUAUCAUAGUUGAACGGGCUCUCCUUUUUGAGCAAGCAACAGAUUUAUUGAAAAGGAGACCAUGUCGAGCA